CGCCCUCCCCGCCCCACACCGUUGCCAUGGUAACCGGCGACCUAGGGCUGUGGAAGUUAACCCGUAAAGUAGGGGCGGUGUCCCUCGCCUGGCUUGGGCUGCGCGGAGCCGGGCCAGUGGGAUUACAGAAUGGGCUGAGGAGGCGGCGGCUGCCGGAACAAAGUCGACAGCCGGCGAGGGGCGCAACACCGAAAUAGAAACCAGGCUUUGAAAAUGGAGAUGUAUGAAACCCUUGGAAAAGUGGGAGAGGGAAGUUACGGAACAGUAAUGAAAUGUAAACAUAAGGAUACUGGGCAGAUAGUGGCCAUUAAGAUAUUCUAUGAGAAACCAGAAAAAUCUAUCAACAAAAUUGCAACGAGAGAGAUAAAGUUUCUAAAGGUUUGCUUCUUUUGCCUUAAUUGCUGUCAAUUUCGUCAUGAAAACCUGGUCAAUCUGAUUGAAGUUUUUAGACAGAAAAAGAAAAUUCAUUUGGUAUUUGAAUUUAUUGACCACACAGUAUUAGAUGAAUUACAAUAUUAUUGUCAUGGACUAGAGAGUAAACGACUUAGAAAAUACCUCUUCCAGAUCCUUCGAGCAAUUGAAUAUCUUCACAAUAAUAAUAUUAUUCACCGAGAUAUAAAACCUGAGAAUAUUUUAGUAUCACAGUCAGGAAUUACUAAGCUCUGUGAUUUUGGUUUUGCACGAACACUAGCAGCUCCUGGGGACAUUUAUACAGACUAUGUGGCCACACGCUGGUAUAGAGCUCCAGAACUAGUAUUAAAAGAUACUUCUUAUGGAAAGCCAGUGGAUAUCUGGGCUUUGGGCUGUAUGAUCAUUGAGAUGGCCACUGGAAAUCCCUAUCUUCCUAGCAGUUCUGACUUAGAUUUACUUCAUAAAAUUGUUUUAAAAGUAGGCAGUUUGACACCUCACUUGCAGAAUAUCUUUACUAGGAGUCCUAUUUUUGCUGGGGUAGUCCUUCCUCAAGUUCAACACCCCGAAAACGCAAGGAAAAAAUAUCCAAAGCUUAAUGGAUUGCUGGCAGAUAUAGUUCAUGCUUGUUUACAAAUUGAUCCUGCUGAGAGGACAUCCUCUACUGAUCUUUUGCAUCAUGAGUAUUUUACUAGAGAUGGAUUUAUUGAAAAAUUCUUGCCAGAGCUGAGAGCUAAAUUAUUACAAGAAGCAAAAGUCAAUUCAUUCAUAAAACCAAAAGAGCAUUCUAAAGAAAACGAACUUGUGAAAGAUGAAAGAAAAGCAAUUUAUGGCAAUAUGUUCCUAAGUACUUCAGUUUUGGGAAAGGAAGUAGAAAAAGAGAAAAAGCCCAAGGAAAUCAAGGUCAGAGUUAUUAAAGUUAAAGGAGGAAAAGGAGAUAUUGCAGAACUGAAAAAGAUGGAGUUUGAAAGUGGACAUGGUCAACAGGAUGCAACUGAAAAUGCUCACACUAUGUGUCAAGAUACAAAACCUAUAAUCAAUGAGCCAUCAAACCCCGUCAAUCCCAGCACUAACUCCAGUGGUAUGAAAGAAGAUCCACAUGCUGGAGGGUGUAUGAUAAUGCCACCCAUCAAUCUAACUAGCACUAAUUUGAUGGCAGCAAGUCUCAAUUCAAAUAUGUCCCACCCCAAUCCAAGGUUAAUUGAAAGAGCAAAAAAGAGACGCACUUCUUCACAAUAUGUUGGACAAGUUAUGUCUAAUAGCAGGCAAGAGGACACAGGUCCCACUCAAAGCCAAAUGGAGAAGCAUGUAUUUAAUGAGCGAAUAGGUCCAAACCACCAAAUGGCAAGUGGGAACAAACGGAAGCUGAAUUUUUCCAGAUCUGACAGGAAAGAAUUCCAUUUCCCUGAAUUGCCUUUCACAAUACAGUCAAAGGAGAUGAAAGGAAUGGAAGUUAAACAGAUAAAAGUGCUGAAAAGGGAGUCAAGGAAAACAGAUUCAUCUAAAAUACCAGCUUUAUUUAAUAUGGGUCAAAACCAAGAAAAACAAGAGAAUACAGGAAAUGCACAGACUGAAAGGAAGAAGAACCUGCCAGAUGUAGAGUAGAAAAUGCAGCAGCUGAAAAUUCAGGGAAUAUCAGAAUUAUAAUAUGGUUUAAAGAGAAUGCUUUUUUUUUAAAGAGAGAGAGAGAGAGAGAGAAUUUUUUUUUAAUAUUUAUUUUUUAGUUUUCGGCGAACACAACAUCUUUGUUUGUAUGUGGUGCUGAGGAUUGAACCCGGGCCGCACGCAUGCCAGGUGAGCAUGCUACCACUUGAGCCACAUCCCCAGCCCAAGAAUGCUUUUUAUUAAUGUUACAUACACAAAAGUGUUGACCAGAGGAUCAUACAGAUUAAUCAAAAAUCUUGUAUAAUUAU